UUCAUCAACAACUCAAAUUCGCUUACUUGCCAACCAUCAAAGCUUUCUUUGUUUUCCAAGUCCUUUGAAUUCUUUUUCUUGUUCUGAUUCAACUUGAGAAUUUAAAAACCAUGGGCUUCUGGUUGCCAGGAACUGUUAACACCAAGAGAAGUCUAAACCAGGCAGCUGCUUCAAAGGCCCUCCCAAAGGGCUAUUUUGCAGUGUAUGUUGGGGAGAGCCAGAAGAAGCGAUUUGUGAUUCCGAUAUCAUAUUUGAAUGAGCCUUUAUUCCUGGAUCUGCUGAAUCAAGCAGAGGAAGAAUUUGGAUAUGAUCAUCCAAUGGGUGGAAUUACUAUCCCCUGCAGUGAAGACACCUUCCUUGAUCUCACUUCCCAUUUACGUGUUUGAGUGAACGCUAAGGAAGUUAAUGUGGGAAGCCCUCUGCAUCCGAAUCUUUCCUCAUUUCGACCACAACUCACUAAGUCAAGAUGAAGAAGAGGCUAUAAUUGAUCACACUCACAUCUUGUGUUGCUUGUGAGUCUGGGAAGCCUUCGGUAAUCAACCGACACGGCACCUUUGGUAAUCGCAAGCUGCAUGAGCUGAGCAGAAAGAUCCGAAAUUUUUGAAGCAGUCGAAUGACAAUGUCAUGAACUCUUGAUGACCAUUGGCCCCGAAAACAUGGACCCAAUUUUGAACUAAAAGAGAGUCAAGUUUUCUCUUUGAACCCCAUGUAAACGUUGUUGUUUCUCUGAGGAGAAGAGAAUAUGGGAAUAUAUAAGACAAUUUAGAUCCUCA